AUGGCAUUCAUCUUGCUAAACCUAGCUGGAUCAGAGGCCAUUGAAAGAGAGCAUUCGUCUGUUUAUGCACCAGCAAUAUAUGAAGGAGAAGUAGCAGAAACAUCUCCUCCUGAGGAAGAUAUAGAAAUUCUUAUGUCUGUGUCUAUGACUGGAAGGAUUUCUUCAGUAGAAAUACCUCCAACCACAACUAAGUGUUCAUCUUGUUUAAAAGAGCAGCAGUCAACACCUUUUUCUGUAACAGAAAUUUCAAGCAUUCCAGAUGUUUCUAAUACAGUCUCCUUUGGCACAAUGCAACCUGCUUCCACCAAGCAUUUAUUCAGCCAUGUCCCUACCAGAUCAACAGUACCUGCUCUAGUUCACAAAAGACAUGGUCCAUUAAACAGUGAAAAUUCUCAAGCGGUCAACAAUGAUGCAAGACAUACUGUGGGAAAGGAUCUUAAAAACCUAAACAGGAGUGCUCAGACUUCUAGAAACGUUACAGAUAAUGCUGGACCAGCAACACAAGGACCUACAAAAAUCAGUACCCAAUCCUCUGUAAAGACCAAAGAGACAAGUACAAGGCAGGAACCAGAGCCCAAGAACUCCUCAUGGCUUCCCAUCAUGCAGAAACAUGAUAUUCCAAUUGUUGUUGGAGUUUCAGUAUCACUUACUUUAAUUUUUAUUACUAUGGGUGUGUACCACUUAACACAAAAGAAAACAGAAAAUACUGAAACCAACAGACACUUGUUGCGAGAUUCUGUGCCUUCAAGCAGAAAUAGCAGUAAUAUGGAAGCGUGCACCUAUGAGAACAAAGCUUACGAGGAAGAUAUUACAGAUGUGACUGACCACAUUGCUCCUAGUACAAGUCCACUGGCUACCAAUUCUAUAACCGUUACAGCAGAGUUCCCUCCUUCUCAACAGAAAGAAAAUGUCUGUCCAGAUGCAAACCAUGAUGCUCUACCAGGAAACACAAUUCUGGAAACCACCUUGUUGCAGGAUAUAGACAUGCCUUUGCAUCACAGAAGCAAAGAACAUGGGAAUGGUAAUUUCAGAGAUUCCGUAGAACAGAUGGUAUUUGAACCAGUGAUCAAAGAAAGUGGUAAGCAAAAGCCAGAUAUUACAGAAAAUGCUAAUAAAACCAAUCAGACCAAAUCUGCAGAAGAGCAGAGCUGCACAACAAUCAACUUACAGGAAGUUGAAGGAACUCUGACUAACAUGCCAGCAAAUGAAGAGAAUGCAAGUAGUACCCACUUUACAGGGAUACCUGCUCCUUUGGUGUUAUCACAGUGCAUAACCCUUAAUGACAGAAAUAGCACAGGCAUAACAACUGUGUCUGUGGAUAUUCAUUUAUAUCCCGCUGUUCCAGAUCCAACGUUUAUUCCAGGUUCCAGCACCUCAGCUACACCAGUUCCAUUUGUUCCUGCCAGACAGAUAUCAUUACCUGAGUGUGAUCAAAGGACUACCUGUGCACAGACUGACAUCUCUUCAACAGUGCAGAGAACCUUUUUAUGAACACCUUUAAGACAAUAGCGGUCAUAUCCUGAUCCUGACCAAUUUCCAUCAAGCCAGCCUGAAGAAGUAACAGUACAUGCCUUCAUGCAUGCCACUUUUAUAAUUUUUCCUGCUUAUUCAUUUAUAGCAUCACUGCUGGGCAAGAUGAAGUGGCUGCAAACAAUGAAAGAGCAGACAUAUCAAGAGGAAUUAAACUGUUUAAGACUUUUUAGCUGUAAGCCUGAUAUGCAUUUUAGGCCUGCAUGGACAAAUGGAGGCUUUUAAAAUUUGUGUAAUGACUUGCAACUUGCUUAUGGGUUUAUGCUUGGCUACACAGCAACUCAUUUCCAUGCAUUCAGUGUCUGAUAUCACACAAAAGGAAAAUUAUCUUGGAUUAAUGAGUUCGAUCAAACAUUUUUUCAUUAUCAAACAUCAGCAGAGGUGUAGUUAGCUCAACAAGUGCCCUGUGCUGGGUUCAUGAAUUUAGUCACAGCUCCUCAAGUUAAAAAAAAAAAAUGCUUCUGCUUACUGCAGGAAACAACCAAUCUACACUACCCCGGCCCUUCAAGUGGCAAAAGCCUGCAGAUUAUUUCAGGAAACUGAUUUCCUACAGUAACCAGCCAAUCACACACUACCCAAUCCAUGUCCCCAGCUCUUACCAGAAGGAGCAAAAAAAAAAAAAAUGCACUGAACUCAAGUGCUUUUCUGUACCAGCAUUUUUGUACAGAAAAAAGCUCUCUGUGAUUGUGCCUCCUAACAGUUUGUGGCUGGGGCAGUUGCCCUGAUUGCCCCACCCUUGCUGAACUACUGAAUAUCAAUGCUUUCUUAAGUGUAUAUUUGGACUAUAACACAAGCUGAACUCUAGGAUUAUUCCAUUAUAUUCUUAGAGUGAAACGUAGAGAAAACACACUAUAUAUGUAUAUUUAAACAGAUUACCCGUGGUAGUGGUGCUGCGGUAGCAUUGUUGCCUCAC